AAAAGAAAAAAGAGAGAGCGUGUGAUAAAGUGAGCCACACGAUGGAGUAUGGAGGAAGAAGAAGGCAUUGGCCGAGUAAUUGAGACCGAUCAAUCAAGUUGCAGAAGCGAUGAGAGUCUGUUCUCCACGCGACUCUCGAGCUUCUUUGUUCUGCAUUGGCCCACACACACCAUCUCUCUUUCACACAAACACAACCGAACUCUGCGCCAUUGAUUUUUGAAUCCUCCUGCAAAGCUUUGAGUUCUAGAAAGGCUGCAUGCGAUUUCAACUCUGGUUGCUUCCUUUUUUUUUCUCGAGACACUCCAGCCAAUUCGCAGCUUGUGAAGAUCAUUGAACUCUUGAGUGAUGAGUGAUCAAAAAAUCAAGCGUUGGGUUGGUAAAUAUGAGGUUGGCAAAACGAUUGUACAAGGCACUUUUGCUAAAGUUAGGUAUGCUAAGGAUAUUGAGACAGGAGAGUCCGUGGCCCUCAAAAUCCUUGAUAAAGACAAGCUUCUCAAAACUAAGAUGUCUGAACAGAUAAAGAUAGAAAUUUGUACAAUGAUGCUGAUAAAUCAUCCGAAUGUAGUGCAGCUGUAUGAGGUUCUGGCGAGCAAGGCGAAGAUAUAUUUUGUCCUAGAGUUCAUCAGUGGCGGAAGGCUUUUUGACAAAAUUCAAUGCAUUAAAUUUAAACUUGUGAAGAAAAAUGAUGGACGCAUGGAAGAAGAGGAAGCACGUAGAUAUUUCCAGCAGCUUAUCAAUGCAGUUCAUUACUGCCAUUGCAGGGGACUGUACCACAGAGACUUAAAACCUGAAAACUUGCUUCUUGAUGCUCAUGGAAAUCUGAAAGUCUCUGGUUUUGGAUUCAGUGCCUUGUCCCAACAACUCAUGGGAGAUGGUCUUCUUCACACUGCAUGUGGAACUCCAAACUAUGCUGCUCCUGAGGUUCUUAAUGAUCAAGGCUAUGAUGGGCCAACUGCAGACUUAUGGUCCUGUGGAGUGAUACUCUUUGUACUACUUGCUGGAUACUUGCCGUUCGAGGAUUCUGAUCUCACGACUCUAAACAAAAUGAUCUCAUCUGCUGAAUUUAGUUGUCCCCCCUGGCUGUCUUCUGGUGCUAAGAACUUUAUAGUCCGAAUCUUCGAUCCAAACCCUAUGACUCGUAUCACAGUUCCAGAGAUUUUGGACGAUGCCUGGUUCAAGAAAGAUUACAAGCCAGCCGUGUUUGAAGAGAAGAAAGAAGCAAAUUUGGCUGAUGUGGAAGCUGUUUUCAAAGAUCCCGAAGCUGUGACAGUGCAAUUGAGGUCAUAUCCUUGUGUGAUAUGUUCAGGCGGUACGACUUGCGGCGACGUUCGUUCAAGGACCAAGCUGAUGAACGGCUUGAUAGAACGAGGAAGACCACAAGAAGCUCAUUCCAUUUUCAACACACUUAUCGAAGAAGGCCACAAGCCAAGCAUCAUCACAUACACCACUCUCGUAACCGCCUUGACCCGCCAAAAGCAUUUCCAUUCCCUCCUCUCCCUCAUCUCCAAAGUCGAGAAGAACGGCCUCAAACCGGACACCAUCCUCUUCAACGCCAUCAUCAACGCCUCUUCCGAGUCCGGAAACCUCGACCAAGCGAUGAAAAUCUUCGAAAAAAUGAAGGAGAGUGGAUGCAAACCCACAGCGAGCACGUUCAACACUCUCAUCAAAGGAUACGGCAAAAUCGGUAAGCUGGAGGAAUCGUCAAGACUCCUGGAGAUGAUGUUAAAGGACGAGAUGCUCCAACCGAACGACAGAACAUGUAACAUACUCGUUCAGGCUUGGUGUAACCAGAGGAGGAUCGAAGAAGCAUGGAGCAUUGUGUACAAAAUGCAAUCUUAUGGGGUGAAACCGGAUGUUGUCACGUUUAACACAUUGGCAAGAGCCUAUGCGAGGAUUGGUUCAACAUGCACAGCUGAGGAUAUGAUCAUACCGAGGAUGUUACACAGCAAAGUCAAACCGAAUGUGCGUACCUGCGGCACCAUUAUGAACGGCUACUGCGAAGAAGGCAAGAUGGAGGAAGCGUUGAGGUUUUUUUAUAGAAUGAAAGAACUUGGAGUUCAUCCGAAUCUCUUUGUUUUUAACUCUCUAGUCAAAGGCUUCCUCGCCAGCAACGACAUGGAUGGAGUUGGGGAGGUAGUAAACCUGAUGGAAGAGUUCGGAGUGAGACCUGACGUGGUUACAUUCAGCACGCUAAUGAACGCGUGGAGCUCUGUAGGGGAUAUGAAAAGAUGCGAGGAGAUAUACGGUGAUAUGUUGGAAGGAGGAAUAGAUCCUGACAUACACGCGUUUAGCAUCCUCGCCAAAGGGUACACUCGAGCUAGAGAGCCGGAGAAGGCUGAGCAAGUCUUGAAUCAGAUGAAGAAGUUCGGUGUUAGGCCUAACGUUGUGAUCUACACGACGAUCAUAAGCGGUUGGUGCAGCGCGGGUGAGAUGAAGAAGGCGAUGCAGGUGUAUAACAAAAUGUGUGGAACGGUUGGUUUGUCUCCUAACUUGACUACUUACGAGACUCUCAUGUGGGGGUUUGGGGAAGCGAAGCAGCCGUGGAAGGCGGAAGAGCUUCUGAAGGAUAUGGAGAAGAAGAAUGUUGUUCCCACGAGGAAAACUAUGCAACUCAUAGCUGAUGGAUGGAAAGCUAUUGGUGUUUCUAACAGCAGUGAUGGUGCCAAUACGUUAGGCUCUUCUUUCUCAGCCUCCUCCAAACUCAGUAUCCCUAAUCAUAUCGUUCCGACGAGAAGUCCUGUGUUCUUGAAAGGAGUGCCUGAGAAACCUAAGCUGUGCAUGAAGUCCCAGUUUGGUUUGAGGCGGAAUGUUUUGGUUGUGCUGUGCAGAGACCAUAUAAGGGAAGCUGGGAGGUUUGCAAAUCCAUGUAGAGUUGUUUGGCUAUAGAGGUGAAGCCAUGAAAAGCUAACCAAGGGUUGAAGAAGCAAACAAUGCAUUUUUCUGUACAAAAAAACAUUUUUGUACAUCUUUGUUAUAUUUUUUACUCCCUACAGAUCAAAUCCACCGAUAACUUUCCUCAACCAACAUUUCACCGGUAAAGAGAAGAGCCUUCUGGUUGUUUCAA